AUGCCUAUCUAUUCAGGAUCAUGCUUUUGUCGAAACAUUGAAUAUGAGUUGCACCUAGCCUCACCCGAUGAAGCACGGACAUCCUUAUGCCACUGCCGUAAUUGUAGACACUGGCAAAUGAUGCAGAAAGCUUUUGGAACUAACUACGGUUUGACUGUGAAAGUACCAAAGGAUGCAUUCCGUCUCACAACCGGCAAGCCAAAAGUACAUGCCGCAGACAACGGAUCGGGAGUCAUGAUUUAUCGCGAAUUCUGCGAUAACUGUGGUAGCUACAUUCUGGAAUAUGGAGUUCGUGAAACCCAUUUCACUUACAGCCCAUUGAUGUUUGUGGAGUCUAUCUACUGA